ACACGUGAAUCACUUCAACAGUAUAAUAAUUGAAUGUAUAUGUCAUUAGAAGACGAAUGAUAUCACAUUAUUAUCGUGUGUAACACGGGCAACAGGUGGGCGCGGAACAGACUGAAGGUCAGCUAAAAAAAGAGCAAAAUAUAAAGUUUCAACGGGUCGGUAAAAUACGUGUGACUGUGCGUCUCGGCCGGCAGUCGUUCUCGGGAGAACGCAUUAAUGUUAUUGACGCGCGCGAAUUGCCGAUUUUGGCAAGUGCGCCCACACGCGUUCCGGACCGCUUCAAAACACAACAACAACAACAACAACUAUAUUAGAUCGAUAUGGCGUUGUUCGUCGACGACGUCAAGGCCACGUCGUGAGUCACUGUAUCCGUCGGCUAUUCUCUCACGGCGGUCGGGUGUAUAAUUUGAUAUGCGAUGAUUAACGUGUGCGCCGCCGGUGUUUCGAGGUCACCGGUCGCCGACGACGACGCACACCAAUAACAUCACUGACGAAUGCGCAGUAACCGUCGGCAGCAACGGCCGCGUCCGCAGUCCACCACUCGCUCGCGCAGUUCGAUACUUCACGCGACAGGCCCAUAGUCGCGGCGCGAUUCCCUUGUCCGUCCGUCCGUCGCGCGAUAUGACCGCCGCGCGCCUUCUGCUCGAGCUGGCCACCAGCCGGUGGACGAUCGCCGCGCUGGCGGCGUUCGCGGCCGCCGCGUACCGCUUCGCCACGUCCACGUACGGCUACUGGCGCGACCGGGGCGUACCGCACGUGCGGCCGAUCGCGCCGCUGUUCGGCAACAUGUUCGGGCUGGCGGUGGCCGCCGAACACCAGAGCCGCAUGUACGGCCGGAUCUACGACGGGUUCCGCGGCCGCCGGUACGGCGGGCUGUACCAGAUGCGCACGCCGCACCUGAUGGUGUGCGACCCGGCGCUGGUGAACCGCGUGCUGAUCGGCGACUUUGCGCACUUCACCGACCACGGCCUGUACACGGCCGGCCCGGACGAGAACCCGCUGGCCAACGGGCUGUUCAACAUGAACGGCGCCCAGUGGAAGAUCAUGCGGCAGAAGCUGAGCCCCGUGUUCACGGCCGGCAAGCUGCGGCACAUGCGCGGCCAGGUGGCCGCCUGCAGCGAGCAGCUGAUGCGCAACGUGGCCGCGGACGUGCCGGCCGCCGGCGGUCCGGUGGAAGUGCGCGACGCGCUCGGCAAGUACUCGACCGACGUGAUCGGCACGUGCGCGUUCGGACUGCAGCUGAACGCCAUCGACGACGAGCAGUCCGCGUUCCGCAGGUACGGCAAGGCCGUGUUCGCGCCGUCGUUCCGCAUGAUGUUCAAGGAGCUGCUCUGGAUGGUCUCGCCGGCGCUGCGGCGCGCGCUCCGCAUCGGCGACUUCCCGCGGGACGCCGUCGAGUUCUUCACCGCCGCGUUCACCGACACGAUGCGGUACCGGCAGGAACGCGGCCUGGUCAGGGACGACGUCGUCCAGUCGCUGAUCCAAGCCAGGACCGACCUGGUCGUCAACAAGACCGAACCGUCGGUGACAUUCUUGGAAACCGAUAUCGUGGCCAAUGCAUUUGUACUAUUCGCCGCUGGGUUUGAAACAGUGUCUACGGCGAUGAGUUUUUGUUUGUAUGAACUCGCAUUGAAAAAACCAAUACAGGACAAGGUACGAGAAGAAAUGAAUGCGAUGAAGAUUAAACAUAAUACUGAAGUCGACGAUGAUUUUCUAAAAGAGUUAAAUUACUUGGAUAUGGUAUUAGCUGAAACCUUACGAAAGUAUCCACCAUUAAUAACACUAUUCAGGGAAGCGACGCGGGAUUACCAAGUGCCCGAUGACACAUUAGUAAUUGAAAAAGGUACAAAAAUUCUCAUUCCUGCGUAUGCUAUUCAUCACGACUACAGAUAUUAUCCAGAUCCAGAGACAUUCGACCCUGAACGGUUCUCGCCAGAAGAAAAAGCUAAAAGACCGAAUGGGACUUAUAUGCCAUUUGGCGAUGGACCUCGCUUAUGCAUAGGAAAACGAUUCGCUGAAAUGGAAAUGAAAUUAGCAUUAACUGAACUUUUGACCAAAUAUGAAGUGGAACCAUGUGAAAAAACAGACAUUCCCAUGCGUUUCAGUAAAAGAUCAUUAAUUAUUAUGCCAGAAAAUGGCAUUUGGUUAAAAUUUAAACCAAUAAGUACCCCUAAAUAAACACACAUUUAUUGAAAUUAAAAUAUUUAGUACAUAUAAUAGGAUUUAAGGCCAUUAGCUUUUAGAUAAGAACACGUGGUGGAUCAAAGAAUAUACUAUACCAUAACACACGAAACAAAUUGUUUAAUUUAAGAAUAUUCAGACAGUUGAGCAGUGGCUAUGUUUUAAAAAUCACCUGUUUAAUCUAUUAUAUCUAUUGUACACAAAUUAUUAAGUGUUAUGAAAUUUAAAUACAAUGAA